AUGUCAAAAAAAGGUGUUUUCAGACAAAUAUAUGUCACGGUAGUUGGUAAGAUAUAAAAAUACUACACAAAAGAAUUAUGAUUAAUAUUUUUUAUUGCAGUACCUAGUAAAUAAUAUAUUAAUUAAUUUAAAUUUUUACAGCUACGUUAACAAUAUUCAUAAGUGGCAUGUGGUUAGGAUGGCCUAGUUCAGUCGUCGAGAAGGCUAUGAAACACGAGAUAGAUAUAAAUGUAACCAUGGACGAACUGUCAUGGAUCGUGGCCAUGAUGGAUUUGGGUAAUAUGAUCAGUCCUCUGUUCGCUGGAUAUUUAAUGGACAAGUUGGGUAGGAAACUCAGCACCUUCAUCCUCGGGCCCCUGUUCAUAAUCAGCUGGUUACUGACGUUGUAUGUGCCCACCACUUGGGCUUUGNAAUAGCCGGAGUCAAGAUCCGCGGGGCGCUGAGUAGUACGUUUUGCAUUCAACUCCACUUCGGAUUUCUGUUGGAAGCGGUGGUCGGGCCAUUGGUCAAGUACCGGACUCUGAACACAAUGUCCGCUGUCUUCCCCGUGGUGUUUACCGUGUUGGCUUUCUGGAUUCCCGAAUCUCCGUAUUAUCUGUUGAAGAAAAACCGACGAGUCGAAGCGGCCCGGUGUCUGCAAUGGUACAGGUGCGAACAGGACGAUGUCAAGUUAACAGACGAGCUACGGCAGAUGGAAGUGAACGUUGAGAGAGAAAUGGAAAACCAGUCAACGUUCCGCGAAGUGUUCACCAGUCCCAAGGAUCGGAAAGCACUUGGGAUCGUGGUGGCUGCGUGCAUCACUCAGCGUGCUGGCGGCAUCAGUUGCAUACUCGCGUUUUUUUCCCUGAUACUUCCCGAGCCUGCUCCAGUCUUUCCACGAUUCCAGUACAUGAUCGUUUUUGCCACGACUAUAGUGGUGAUAACUAUUACGUGCGCGACUUUGGUGGAUAAGGUCGGCCGGAAACCACUGUUAAUUAUUUCCGAGGUUGGUUUGGGCAUUAUCAGCGCUGGGUUCACCGUUUACUUCUACAUGGGCACGUCUUUACGGUUCGUGAUUUUCCCAUACGCGUUGUUUUUAUUGUUCUCCGUAAUGUACUCCGUCGGCGUGGGGUUUAUACCAGUCGUCUAUCUAGGUGAAAUGUUUUCGGUCAACAUCCGUUCGCAUUGUUCGUCUAUCGCUUCUAUUGCGUUGGCCUCCAGCUCUUUCGCUACUAAUAAAAUUUUCCUGUUCGUCUCCCGGACAUACGGCAACCACGCUAUGUUUUUCCUUUUUACCGUUGUCAAUUUCGCGGGUGCCUUGUACUCAUAUAAAUACGCUAUCGAGACAAAGGGCAAAACUCUCCUGGAAAUCCAACAGAUCCUCGAGGAAAAAGUUAAAAAAGCACCACUAAACACGAGAUAA